AUGUGGGGUGGGGGAGGUAGUGGCAGUGGUGGUGGUGGUGGCGGCGGUAUCUUCUGGGGACGGAAGGAAGAGGUCUCUGAUUCAAAAGGAAUCGCUGUCAUCUUCGCUUGGGUUUCGAUUCACGAGAGACACUUGCAGAAUUACGUGGAUCUGUAUUCGUCUCUCGGUUGGAAUUCCCUCGUUUGCCAUUCCCAUUUUCUCCAUGCAUUCGAUCCCGAAAAGGCCAUGUCGUCCGCCUUUGUUAUUCUCAAUGAGCUUGUUGAGGAGCUAAGGAUUAAGCCAUGCCCUGUAGUGUUUGUGGCUCUUUCUGCUGGUACAAAAGCGUGUAUGUACAAGGUUUUUCAGAUUAUUGAGGGAAUUUGUGAAGGUCAGCUCUAUCCGGCCGAAUAUCGAUUGGUGAGAAAGUGUAUUACCGGACACAUCUAUGAUUCUGGUCCAGUUGAUUUUACGAGUGAUCUGGGCACUCAAUAUGGACUACACCCAGCCAUUCUAAAGAUGCCUGGAUCAUCAAAACUGGUUUCUUGGCUAGCUAAAGGCAUUGCUUCUGGUCUGGAUGCUUUGUAUCUUACUAGGUUUGAAUCCCAGUGCGCUGAGUAUUGGCAGGCUUUGUUUUCCUCUGUUAAUUUGGGUGCUCCAUUUCUCGUUUUAUGCUCUGAUAAAGAUGAUCUGGCUCCUUAUCAUAUUAUCUACAAUUUUACUCAACGUUUACAAGAACUUGGAGGAGAUGUCAAUCUUGUGAAAUUGAAUGGCUCCCCUCACCUAGGUCAUUAUAAGCAUUAUCCAAUACAAUACAGGUCGUCUGUUACUCAUUUCCUUGAGAAGGCAGCUAUGGUUUUUUCUCAAAGAAUUCAAGAACUUGAAGGUCAAAAUGCUAGCAUGGAAGGCAUGCACGAUGAGAUAUCUGAACUAAUCUGUGAUCUCCGGACAGUAGCUGUAAAUUCUAACCAGAGCCUCAGAAGAGUUGCAGUGGAACCAAGCGACCACUUCUUCUUGCCAAGUUCAGCAGAGAAUCAUAAUGUUAGGGACUCUGGGUCAUUGCAAGAUGAACAGAAAGAAAGAUCAAUCUCUCUGCCCAAGCCCCCAAGCAUUAGUGCACAUAGUGUACUCGGCCAAGUCCUGUUUGAUGUUUGUGUCCCUAAGAACGUCGAGGGUUGGGAUAUCAAAUUUUGUGGGUCUUUGAAUGGGCAGCCAUUUGCCUCUGCUCGUAGGAAUUCACCACCUCAUGGUCUCAAAAGCAUUCGUCGCUCGAGAUUAUGA